AUGUCGACAUACAAAUUGUAUUAUUUCAACACACGUGGUCGUGCUGAAAUUGCUCGCCUCAUUUUUGCUGCUGCCGGACAACAAUACGAUGACAUUCGAUAUGAACGAUCUGAAUGGCCAUCACAUAAAGCCGAAAUGCCACUAGGUCAAAUUCCUGUACUAGAAUUCAAUGGCGUGAAACUGCCUCAGUCGAUAGCCAUCGCUCGUUUUCUUGCCAAACAAUUUCAUCUUGCAGGUAAAGAUAAUUUGGAAGAAGCUAAAGUCGAUGCUGUCGUUGAUACUGUGGGUGAUCUUGCUAUUAAAUACAUGUCAUUUCGUAGAGAAGAAGAUACAAUAAAAAAACAAGAAGCUCUAAAGCAUAUGCUCGCAGAAGUACCCAAGCAUUUUACCAAUCUGGAAACAUUGGCCAAAAUGUACAAUGAUGGUGGUUCAUUCUUCGUCGGAAAUCAGCUAACUUGGGCUGAUCUAUGUGUGUAUGAAAUGAUUGAUAUUCUGCUUUCACUCAAUGAUCAUGUUCUUGCCGAUUAUUCAUGGUUGAAACGCAACCGUGAAGAAGUUGAAAAGCAACCGAAUAUUGCUACUUACGUCAAAAGCCGACCACCAUCGAAAAAUUGA